AUGGAUCUUUUCUGUUUGGCCAUGAUUUUGCUUCGCCUUUCCUUGGUCACUUCCGUCAACUUCACGCAAGUUUUCGAGUGGCCUGAUGGUUUGGACUACGAGUGGCCUUCCGAGGCAAAAAGGACACGGGCCUUGAAAUAUGGAACUUCGGAUCCAGAGAAAAUUGUACCUCUUUUCAUGGCUGUGUUCGGCACAAGGAUCUUCCUGAGCCUUGAGAAAUACAAUGUUGGCAUUCCGGUUACCCUGGUGUCUUUGCCGACGAGCAGCAAGUCCUCUGCACCCCCGAAGCUCACUCCAUUCCCUUCGUGGGACAUACAUAAAAAAUAUGGAGACUGCAACAAUAUUGACCGAGCAACAGGGCUGGAGGUGGACUCCGUUGGCAGGCUGUGGGUGCUUGAUGACGGUGGCUUCCGUUGCAAUAGCAAACUAUGGAUUUUCGACUUGUCCAACAACGAUCAUACCAUUCUCAUUCACCAUUUUCAUUUUUGCUAUGACAUGCACAACUUGGUUCUUGACGAAACGCCAAACGGAUAUUUCGCCUACAUCGCGCGGUGGGGGGAACCGCACAUUGUCGUAUUUAGUUUGGAAAGAGAAGAUUCUUCGAUUUUGUACACGCCAGGAAUGAACGUUUUUUCCAUUGCCCUGUCCCCUAAGGAGGAAGCGAGACAACUGUACCUCAGCAAAUACAACUCCACUGAACUAUAUUCAAUUCCAAUUCCCGAAAAUCCGCACGAAACUCAAACUGUAAUUCCGAAACUAACCAGAAAUUGGAAAGCGAGACCAUUCAUAACUCUGAUGGACAGCCAUGGAACCAUACCAGCCGUAUCAGGAGCAACAUUUUUAUGA